CCAGGUUGAGACUCUGAAAAGAACCCGUUCCUGCUUCUGUUACCAGCCUUGCACUGUGCAGUGAAAAUCCUCAGUUGUGAUUUUUCAAAAUCUGGAUUUGAAUUCUUGGAGCAGCUGAAUUGCUACUACUCAGCACUCUAUUUUCCAGCAGUGGAGAUUUGAAGGCUUCUGAGUCCUCAACAAAUUCUUGCUGUCUUCAUGGCUUCCAGUCAGGAUUCAUGCUGCUCGAAGUUCACAAACUUCUCUCACAUCCUGCAAGAUGUGCUCCUAAAUCCCAAGUUAUGUAAGUUGGUGCCAUUUCUGCUCCACAAGUAUCAAAAGAAGGAGCUGGUCACCAUGAAAGAAAUGCUGCACCUUGUGCCCCAUGAUUACCAUAAUGACUUCUAUCUGAACUUUUGGAAACUCCGUGAAUCCGUGCACCUGGGCUUUGGAAUUGAUAUCAGGAAAGUGGAUCGCUCAGGCAACACAUAUGAGCUGGUCCCCAUUUUGGGUCUUACAUUCAGUGGGAUACUAGGUGGUGAUGAUGAAAGAAUCACUAUCAAAAUUGAUAUCCUUAUAUUCGUCCUGUCUCUAAUCUUCAUAGAGGGCAACCGUAUCAGUGUGGAGGUCCUAACCCAAAAAGUGAGAAGAUGGGACAUGUUAGCUCAGGCUGAGCAUAUUUAUUUUGAGGAAGCCUGGAAAUUCAUCACCGAGGAUUUAGUACGGGAACAGUACCUGAUGUACCAUCAGGUUCCUAAUAGUGAUCCUCCUCGAUAUGAGUUCCUGUGGGGUCCAAGGGCCCACGCUGAAACCAGCAAGAUGAAACUCCUAGCUCAUAUAGCCCACCUCAAUGAAACAGAUCCCAGGGCUUACCCAGAACUGUAUGAAGAGGCUUUGGAAUCACAACUAGGCAUAGCAUCAGGGUUCCUGAGAAAUAGGGGAUAUUGCACAUAUGUGUCACUGAUUUUCCACCCACCGCAGAGGAGAUGAGGCCCAUUUUCAGUCUCUGAGGAGAGCAGGCAGUUUUCUAAGUAGUGAAGGGCCAGAGGAGGAGGUAAAAUACCACAUGUAACAUCUUGCUGUCUCUUCUAUUUGGGUUACUUGGAAAUGGACAGGGGUUUUCAUUGAGUUUUUGAAGUAUUGUUCCUUUUGGGGGGAAAGUGAAGUA